UAGGCCACAUGGCGACAAAGCAUGGAAGUCGUGGUAAAAAUCAGCAAACAAUAUCAUCUAUCAUUGGAGAAAAUGAAAAAAUAAUAGAGAUUGUUAAUGCUACAUCAAUCACCAAAGACAAAACCAAAGCUAAACGGUGCUUCAUUGUUGUUACUCAUCUGAAAGGGUCUCACCUCAACUAUUCAAUAUUUGUUAUCAACCAGAGCAAGGAUGUUCUUAAGUUGAGAUACAGAUUUGCAUUGAUUGAGUUGAAUGCAGUAGAUUUCUUGGCUAGUGAUGAUUCAAGACUUGAUUUUUUGCUCAAGUUUAAUGAAGACAAAGUACUUCACUAUGCUUGUGAUGCUUGGGAAAAGAAGAAAAAGUUUCUUAUAAAUCUUUACAAGCUCUGCAAGAACAAGCUUCCAAAAGAAGCCUUGCCAGUAUUCAAGAAUGUCAACACCCAAAUGUUGGAAGAGACAGUUUUCUUGUCUGCAACAUUGAAGGGUAUGGAGAAUGAUUCACCAAAUCCAUCUGAAAAUGUUGAGCCUGAGUACAAACUGAAAUAUCUCACUAAAGAAGAAGAACUAGACCUUGAACAAGUUUGUAAAGCAUGCCAGUGGGAAACUGAAAGUGCAGAAGAGUUUAUUGCCAAAAUAACAAUGGAGCUUUCUGGUUUGGAUAAAGCAAACAUCCAUUCUAUAAUGAAUGUUGAAGAAGAAAUUUUGAAAUUAUUCGAGACAAUGGAUGAUGCUAUCAAAAAAUUAGACACACUCGACGAGAGCUUGAAUGAGUACAGCGAAAUCCUAACAAGAGAAGAAUCAAGAAUUCUUGACAUUUCUGACCUUAGCUCUAAUCAUUCUGUUAGAGUUGCUAAUAACCAAAAGCUGUUACAGAAAACUCAAGAUCUUCUUCAGUUGCUCUCUCUUCCUGUCAAUCUAGAGGAUCUAGAUACUUUGAACGACUAUAACCUUGAAUCAUUCUCUCAAGCAGUAGAGGUUGCUCAAAGUAGAGUUGAUGCCCUUGCAGGUCAUGAACUCCAAGAACUGCACUGUGUGCAAGAAUUCAUGAUAAACUGUAGAGCUUUUCUAAAGACAGUCCCUGAGUUACUUUAUGCUGAUUUAGAUGAAAAAUUAAGGAAAGAUUGGCAAGGGAAGCACAGGGCUCGCCACAUCAAUGUUGCUAGAUUCACAUCUCUACUUAAUUGGUGCAAAGACUUUGAUCCAGUCAUGUUUAAUGCUAUUUUCCAGUCAUAUGAGGCAUCAAUACAAAAAUGCUAUGCCAAAGAAAUAAGCAACUUCUUUAAAGAUAAAGUUGGCACUAUUCAGAAGAGAUCAAACUUGGACAAAGGUUUCUCCUUUGCUGGAAAGUCAAAUUCCAGCACAUCUACGAUGGAUAUAUCUGCAUCAAAACAAAGUUUCAGAGGUUCUCUAAGUAACAUCAGAGGUUCAAUAGGAUCAGUGGAUUCUGUCAACAUCAAAGGUUCUGGUGAUUCAAUGGCUACUUAUCAGACUCAAAGUGAAAAUAACUCUAAAUUCGAUAAUCUGUUUUGUAAGGUACUGGAUUUCAUUACCCCGCUUGUUGUCGACGAGGAAGACCACCUCAAUGAAGUCUUUGGAAUACCAUUCAUGGAAGAUAUACCCACAGAUGCCAGUGACAAUGAAAUAAGAACCCGUAAAGACGAAAAUACUGCAACUAACAAUAUCUUGAUUAAACUCUUCGGAGCGAAGCUUGAUCAAGAGUUACAACAACUCAUUGAAGUUAGGUGAGAAUGAAAUCAAUCAACCAUUUUAUGAUAUUCAAAGGGAUCAUAAACAAUUUUAUCUUAAUGUAGACAUUUUAACUCAGAAUAAACAUUCUAUGCAGUAUGCACAUAUCACCAUAUUAUACUGUACAUAUUGAAAUUAUGUUACAUAUAGAUUAGCUAACUAUAUCUCUAGAAUGAAACAGAGCAUGGCAUAAUAAUAUUGGAAACUAUUGAUAACACUUUUUCCUUCCAAUCGCUGAACUUUACUUCUUUUUGACAGUACUUUCUACUUUUUGAUUUUAUAAAUUUAUCGACAGCUUCGGUAACUGACAUAUAUAUCUCAUCUGGAGAUUUAAAUGUGGGAAUUCUGUAUUUACAACCGUAGGAAAGUAAUUCCCUAAGUUCAACAUUAUCAACAAUAUCUAAAUUAC